AUGUCGAACCGUAUUACCUUUUAUGUUGACAUCGUCAGCCCCUUUGCCUACAUCGCCUUCCACGUCCUCCGGAACUCCCCAGCCUUUGCGAAAUGUGAAAUCAGCUACGUCCCCAUCUUCCUGGGAGGCUUGAUGCAAGCCUGUGGCAACAAUCCCCCAAUCAACAUUAAGAACAAGAAAAACUACCUAGGACAGCAACGGGUCCGAUGGGCCAAGUACUUCUCUGUGCCCAUCAUCGAGGGAUUCCCAAAGGGAUUCCCCAUCCGCACAUUAUACGUGCAACGUGCCCUGUGCGCCAUUUCGCAACGCAACCCCGCCCAGCUGGCCGAUGUGAUCGGCGCUCUGUUCCACGCCUUCUGGGCGGAGGGAAAUACCACCGUCGGUGAGCCUGAGGGAUUCACGCCUCUCCUCGAAGGAAUCCUAGGGAAGGAAGAGACGCAACAGGUCCUCGUGGCGAUGAACAAUCCCGAGAUCAAGGCUCUUUUGAUCUCUAAUACCGAUCGAUCCUUCAAUUCUGGUGCUUUUGGACUGCCUUGGUUUGAGUGCACGAACUCCCGGGGUGAGACGGAGGGGUUCUGGGGCGUGGAUCAUAUUGGCCAAGUGGCUGAUUUCUUGGGGUUGGAUCGCUCGCUUGACAAGGGAUUCCGGGCUGCUCUGUGA